GGAACUUUGAAUCAUGAUUUGAUUGUCAUGAGCUCCUCUCCACAUCUAACGGCCCGUCAGCUGGCCCUUCAGGCCCGCGCCAGCGUGGCCCUCCAUCGCACCGGCUCACCCCUCAGCACAUCAUCACAGCCGCACCUCCGGCGCAGCAGCACCCAGGAGACUGAUGACAGCACAUCCGGCCGCAGAAGAGGCGCCCCGGAGCGGGAAUACCUCACCAGAGCCAUGCGGGUCAGUCCCUUACACACGUGCCCUUCAAUAUAUCUGCCCUACAUGUUGUCUGCAGAAGGAGCGCAUGUCGUUCUUCCAGGACGCCGGGUGCAAGCGAGACAUUGAGUUGGUGGGUCUGGAGACGCUGGAGGCUAAAGUCAAGGAGGAGCCGGAGUCUAGCAGCCAAGAUGAUGAUGAAUCCGAGGACGACGAAGAUGAUGAGGAAUCGGAGGAGGAGGAGGAGGAGGAGGAGGAGGACAACGAUGAGGAGAAGAGCGAUAAUAAUGGGGCUGACGGUGGUGGAAACAACCAGAAGGGCGGGAAGGGGGAUGGGGAUGGGAAGGGAGAGAAGGAGCUGCCCCUGGUCAUGAGGCUGCGGGACAGAGGGAGGCGCGGGGGAGUGGACAAGGGAGACAAGGACAAGGACAAGGACAAACGUCAACCGCAACCACCAGAGAGAGACACACCCAUGACUCGGAGGAGAAGCCUCAGCCCCAAGAAGACAUUCAAGCAGCCGCAGCCGCCCCGUCUGGAGCUCCGGUUCGGCUUCGUCAGCGAGGGCCGCCACCUCAAGGCCAAGGGCAGAUCACCACACAGGAAAAAGAAGGCGACCCCACGGCUGACCAACGCCGCACCGGUGGUGGCCAACCUGUCACAGGCUCAGCAGCCGUGGAGGACCGAGUCGGGCCGGUUUGCGUCGAUGCAGGGCAUCGAUGCGGGUGUGGGUGCGCCGCGGCCGCCGGUGGCGUGGCUGCCCACCCUGACGCUGCCUAUCGAAAACAAGAGGGACCCAAAGCCCCCGGUGUCUAUUGUAUGGUCACAUGAGGGAGGGAGGGAGGGAGGAAGGAAGGGAUGCGCCUUGUGUCUCUGUGUGCAGGUUGGUGAUCGUACUGUCAACCCGAUUCCACCCCAGUAUGCGCCGGUGCCUUUCAAGCAGCAGCAGCCGUCGCCUGAGAGGCCGCGGAUCCCCUCUCCAUCAUUCUUGCAGCAGGAAUCGCACCAGCACCAGCAGCAGCAGCAGCACCAGCAAAGGCACUCGCCGCAGCAGCAGCGCAGGAAGGACAGGGAAAGAGAGAGGAGAGAUGAGGGCUCAGAGGGGGAGAGGAGGGAGAGGGAGCCGCAGUCCAAGGUGCACAAGGGAUCGCCUGGCGGCCGUCGGCCUUCGUCGCCCUUCCGCCGCGCCAUGAUGGCCGAGACCAACCUGCCUAGAGUCACAGGCGCAGAUAUUGAGGACAAAAUCAAACAAUACGAGGUCACUUUUCCCUGUUCCAUCCAUCCAUCCAUCCAUGUGUGGCUGGCUGUUCAGGUGGAGCGCAUCUUCAGUGAGGUGCCGGACGACUGGGGUCUGCUGGCUUUGGUGCUGGGGUUCUGUAAGUUGGGCGUGAUAGGGGGGCCGGGUGGUGGGGGCACGAUGAAGCAGCAGAAGGCCGAGCAGCAGGUGACCGAGUGGAUUGAGGAGAGAAGGCGGCAGGGCAUGGAGGACACCGCCAGAGACAGAUUCCUUAACGUAUGUGUGGUGUGCAUGCGUGUGUGGGACGACAUGGCCAUGGCCUUAAGGGACCUCUCGCUCCAUGUGAUGUGUGUUGGUUGCCUUGCCGUGUGUCGGUCGGUCGGUCUGUCAGGCGAUGGAGAGUGCCGCUUUGAGGGAGUUCCAGAGCGCCUAUCUCGAACUCAGGUGAGACAGAGAGACGGACAGGGAUAAUGCAAAGCAGAGGCGUCUUCGUGCAUCUUGGAUCGUGUCUCUGGCUGGGCUGCUUGCAGGAAUUUCGAUGACGAGGUAGCGUAGCGGCAUUUGUCUGAGAGAUGAAGAGGCGCCACAAUCUCACGCUCUCCCCGUCAUCCGUCUGUAUGCUGUCCUGUCGUAUCUGUCAUGCGUGUCAUAUAUUCUUGAUGGCUGCAGUUUUUCCGUGUGGUUCGUCAGUGUGCGGAUCAGUUUGUGUCUCGCAACGAGGAGUACACCAACCCCCUAUGGUCGCACUACUAUCGCACCAACCCCAACAUUAUGUACGCCAGAAAGGAGGUACGCACCACAUCCACACCCUCCCCAGCCCUCCCACACCCACACCACACCACACCACACCCACACACGCGCACACGCACAGCUGGACAAGUGUGUGUCUCUGUCUGUGUGUAGGAUACAUUGCGUCGUGAGCGUGAGUGGCUGGAGGGAGGGUGGAUGGACCUGGAGGAGAAGGUGGCCCUGUACGACAACCAAAACGGGGUGGCGCAGACACGCGGCGGCCAGCGGGAGGACAGAUACAGAUUCCCCUCACUCCUCACACCGUACACACACACACACACACACACACAUACACACAAACAAACGAGGCCGGCCGGCGACACAUAUCUGCGUCUGUGCAGGCGAGAGCAGCGGGAUCGCGCCAUCGACAGCAAGAUCAGACACAUGGCGGAGAUACAGGUAGGUACACAUGCGCGGAGAACAACGUUCACACGUCCCCCCACCCCACACACCAUGCCAUGCACCACCCAACAUUUGUGUGUGCAGAGUCGUUUGAAGUACCAGUUGGAGAGUCAGUUUGCCUAUAUGGAGCAGCUGUUGAAGAGCGGGAGCGUGCCGUUCAUCGAGUUUGACGACACACACAUGGAGCAGAUGCUCCUCGACACAGACGUAGAUGUUGAGAUGAGUUGACGAAUGGGCGAGUGGGGGGGCUGAUUCGGGGGUAUGGGUGGGCGACAGAAGUGCGUGUGCCAUGUGUGUAUGGAGCGAUGCGCACACCCCGUUGAGCGAUGAGAGAUUAGCUUGGUCGGUCACUCUCGCGUCUGUCUGUUGCUCUACACAAUCACUAACUGCAGUCACGCACAAAACGGCAAAAGCGAU